UCCCCCCCUUUUUGUCUUUGCACCUUUCCCUCAAGUGCAAGCUGCACCAACAUGCAAAAGCACAAUCUGUUUAUCUUGAAUGUUUUGAUCAAAAGCUUGCAUGCAACUGAGUGUUUCGCUGGAGCAGUCACAUUACGUGUGAAUUAUGCAGAUGAAGAACAAACACCGGCUGCUGCGUUCUCAGGAUGAACAAUCAAAGGAAAGCUGAGAGUCUCUGGAUCCUUAUUCAAAUCCAGGACAGCAGGUGUUUUAGCCGUUCCCCCACUCUGACUGUCAGAUUGAAGUUGCUCAAACAAGUCAACUCAUCUGGUGUAAUCUUGAACUGGAAUGAAAAUAGGCAUCCGGUCUAACCCUGCUGUGUGGAUCCCCCAUUGAAUUUAUAAUUAUAGAUGCCAAUAACGUGCACAUUGUAUUUAGAAGAAAAGAAGCAGGAAAUGAGAUGUCAGUUUCAAUGAUGCAGGCGUUUCCCCUGCAGUUAUUUUUUGGAGGAGAUAAUAAACAGUUCCAAGUUUGACAUGACAGGAUGUCAAGCAAGAAAGACUGCGGAACAGAAAAUGCAAGCAACAGCUUGGUAAAGACGGGCUCUAUCCAUGCACUGCUGGUGUUCAGCAGAUGGAGGGAAGGAAAAGAAAGCGAGAAGUUAUGCAGCAGAGAGGUGGGAAAAAGAAGCUCUGUGAGUCCGAGGAAAUUAGACGGCAUGAAAAGAAAUGGGAGAUUGCUGCAGUGUCAACAUGCCUGAAGGAUUUUUUCCAACCAUCACUGUUCAUGCCGAAGUGCAAAAACAGAUGUUUGGUCAGCCGAAGAUUGUCAUACCUCCUGUUGAACAAACUGAAAAGUGGGGAUUACUGAACAAAGCCUGUCUCGCACCCUCUAAAGUUUCAGGCAGGAUGUGUUUCGAUUCCUGCCUUGGAGCCCCCGUUGCAUCCGGCUUUGUAUCGAACCAAAGGCCCGUUCUAUCUUACCAGCCCAGUUUGGACCUUGUUGACAACCCUCACUUUGGGCCUGACAAUUUCGUAACUCAAAACAUGCAGUACUACCAGCGUCCCACCUACUCUGAUGGCUCCACGGCUUUGCCAAGACUUCUUAACAAACCCAUGACCAGCGGCUUCCAUCGAGUGAGCUCUGUUUGCCACACAGAGCCUGUUGUGGAAAAGACAGAGUACCAAAGAGUGUUUGUGCCCCGUCGCUUACCACCAGUUUCUCGCCACAUGAAUAUGGGUCCAAAACUGGAGACUGGAUGCACUGAAGGAGAAGACCUACAGUUCAUCACCUUUCGGGACAAAAAAUAUGCCACUGUGGAUCCGCGUCUGACCAGCAACACAGUGAUGAUGAACGACUAUCUGUCUCCAACCUUUAAGCAGGGAAAUGAAUGCUUGCCAGGUAUAUGCAGCUGUUCCUGCAGAGAAACAGGGUAUACACGUGGUGCCAACGCCCUCUUAGUCGACCCACGCCUUCAUCUGCCAUCACUGGAAUUGAAAUGUCGUAUACCACUUGUGAAGGCUACUGGAAACAGGGAGCCCUCAGGAUUUUGCUUGAAUAUGCCAAAUGAAAUUUUCUCUAAGGGACCAUUGGAUCCGUUACACUUCACUACACAUUACAAUAACAACUUCCGUUAUGGCCGUCAGAAGGACAGAAACACUUUUUAUACUUCAUCAAUUGUCAACGCAAGCCAAACAAAGAACAAUGGCUACAACAAACGAAACACAGACAGGUUCAUAUUGAAGCAUUAGAUGUUUACACUAUUUUAAAGUAACCUGCAUGUCUUCUCAUCUCAAAAAUAAAAUUCAUUUUUCAAG